CGUUGGUCUACAACGUAAACGAUAAAGGCUGCGGCAGCAGCAAGCAUGACGAGGUCGCGAGCUGUAGUGACGUUAGUGCUCCUGCUGGCCGUCGCCACGGCGAGCUGCAGGCUGUCGCUCGCCGCCGACGAGACCAUCGCGGCCAUCUUGGGCCGCGACCUGCGGGGGUUCAUCGCCAGGGCCGGCAACCUCUUCAGGUCGGACGGCGGCGCCUGGCGCGCCGCGAACCUCACCGCCGCCGAGGCGAAGAACCUGAGGGCCGCCACCGCCAGGAAGUCGUCCUCCGGCGGCAGAGCGGGCUGCGUGAGCGCCGCGGCGUGCGGGAAGAGGCGGGUGAUCUGCGGCAAGAGGUGCUCUGACGUCGCCUCCUCGCGCGCCGCCAGCCUCAGCCACGUCCCGUCGCGAUGCGUCGUCAAGUGCAGGGAGUGCGUGCCCACCUGCUAGAUCCUCGGCCCCUCUCUUCGUUAUGCGAUGGGUCUCCACUCUCGCCUCUUGGUGCUCAGCGCAUAUGCAGGCAAUGCAGCUCCGACUCCGGUCCACACUUGUGUGUCGUAGGUUCAGUCAUCAGUGGAAUAAAAUAAAAGAUGCAGAGACUGUUCCACACGGCAGUAGGUAGUAGGUACACACGUACUACCAGUGACUAUACAGUGACUAUAGUGAACAGUGACUUGGACACUGUACUCCGUCUGUGAGUUCUUUCUUUUUUUUUUGGAAUUUGGAUUCUUUUUCUUUUCCUCCAUGCUUGCAGUUGUUGUAGCUAGGGUAUGGGGUACCGGGCGCCUAUGGCUCCUUUCAUUUUCUUUCAGUCAUGAGUGAGCUUGCAGACGACUGACGGGCCUGACAACGGGCGUGAAGGCUCCGCUG